AUGCUGCUCAUCGGACUAACAGGCUCCAUUGCAACGGGCAAAUCAACCAUCUCGUCGCUCCUCAAAUCUGCGCCCUAUGAGCUGCCCAUUGUGGACGCCGACGUCCUCGCCCGCAAGGUGGUCGAGCCCGGCACAAGCGGCUACAACGCCAUCGUCAAAUACUUUGGCCCGACGACGCCGGAUCUCCUGGUCGAGCCGUCGGACUCGAUGCCGGAAAACGGCCCCGACGGCAAGGGGCGCCCGCUCAACCGUCCCGCCCUCGGGAAGCGCGUCUUUGGCGACAGCGAGCAGCUGCAGAGGGACCGCGCGGUGCUCAACGGCAUCGUGCACCCGGCCGUGCGCAGGGAAAUGUUCAAAACGGUCCUGGGGUGCUAUCUCCGCGGCCACUGGGCGGUGGUGCUCGACAUCCCGCUCCUGUUUGAGAGCGGGCUGGACCGCUUCUGCGGGGUGACGGUGGUGGUGGCCGUGUCGGAUCCCGAGAUCCAGAUGAGGCGGCUCAUGGAGAGGGACGCCCACCUGAGCAGGGAGGACGCGGAGAACCGGGUGCGCAGCCAGGCGGACGUGAGGGUCAAGGCGCGGAGGUGCGUUGAGCGAGGGCAGGGGAACGGCGUGGUUUUGUGGAAUGACGGCUCCAGGGACGAGCUGGAGGCCAAGCUGGGCGAGGCCAUGGAGAAGGUCAGGGAGAGCAGCCCGGAGUGGUGGUCGUGGGUGUUGCUGGGCUGUCCUCCGUUGGCUUUGGCUGCGGCUGCGUGGAGGAUAUGGGGGAACGUAAGGAUAAAUCGGCAAUGGGAGGAAUCACAGAGGGAAGCAAAGGCCAAGUUGUGA